AUGGUUAAAAUUAUUGAACAAGAUGCAUUGAAAGACAUUUUACCUGAAGCUUAUAAAUUAUUUAUUCUUAUUUUAACCAUACCAUCAACUAGUGUAUCAAAUGAAAGAAGUUUCUCUUGCCUCAAAAGAAUUAAAACCUGUUCUCGAAAUAGUAUUUCACAAGUCCGUUUAAGUUCUCUUUCAAUACUAUCAAUUGAAAAGUCCUUGAUUAAUCAACUUAAAAAAACUGAAUCAUUUUAUGAUGAUAUUAUAAACAUGUAUUCUAGUCAAAAAGAUAGGAGUAUAAAUUUAACAUACAAAACAUAA